AUGACAAGAGCAGGUGUUCAUCCUCGUGAAAUAUUAUCAUCACUCUGUCAAAAUAAUCCUUUGAAAUCAAUAACAUCACGAGACAUUUACAACAUUCGCACAAGACUUCAGCAAGAAAAUUUAAAAGGUUAUACCUCUAUUCAGAUACUUGUAGAGGAACUCAAAAAAGGCCAAUUUGA